AUGCCAGAAAUUAAUGCCACGCUGACUUCAGCGGACCAACAAGGCUUCUGUAACCAACUUCGAAGCCUCACUACAACAUCCGGGUACAAGAAUAUGGCUUCGCUUCUCGACGAAACCACCCACCUUCAUGAGCAGGUACGUGUGAAAGAGGAGGAGCUGGGCAAGUUGAGGGAGGAAAUGAAAGAGAAGGAAAAGAAGAAACAAGAAGUAAUCCAUGAACUCCUCGGAACGAACAAGCAGGAAGCUUGCAGACACGAGAGGACACAGCGGAUUGUCGAUACGCUCCGGAAAUCAGUCAAGGAGAAGCAAAAGCUCAUCAAUGAAACGGAAAGCAGGGCGAAUGAUCUUCAGGUUCAAAUAGAUGGGCUUCAGCGGUCCUUGAGUGACAAGAAAGCAGCAAUUUCUCGUGCUGAGGAUGAAAUCGCCACUUUGCAGGGAGCUAUUCGAGAUAGAGACGGUAGGAUUGACAGGAUGAAAACAACCGAAUCUCAACUCAGACAAACACUGUCACGGGCCGAAGAAGAUGGUAGAAAAUUGGGUAAAGACAACAUGUCAAUCAUGAAUCGGCUCCAGCAAUGUCAAAAAAGACUCCAGGAGAUUGAAGGACUGAGGGCUACUUAUCACGAGGAGGGACAAUCUAUGCUUGAUAGAUUCGAUGAUCUAUGGGAUCAUGCUACGAAGGAGGUUGCCUUCCACAUGCAGGCAGAUCUCCCCGAUGAAGUGAUCAGGAACCCCCGGGCUUGGGAUGUGUUUAAGAAAAGGAGUAACGAGCUGCAGCACUCAGUGCCACUUCCGCUUUCCAAUUCCAAUGCAGCGAAGCAAAUGCGCCUUGUCAUCAUUCUAGCUAUUCUUGCGAGGGAGAUUGACAAGCAUAUCUUCCAGUCAACAUACCUUCUAUCUGAAGACAGCCAGAUCCGAGAAUUGUUAGCCCGUACGGCCGUCCAUGCAAGCGAAAAGGAGUCUUUCUGUCGUUCAAUUUUACUAUCAAUAGAUCCGGACGCUCAUGUCAAAUCACGAGAUACGAGAGUUCAGACUGUGGUAAGGAAUGUUUCGUCGGCUCUUUUCGACUUAUUGCCGGAGAACAGGUUUCAGGAAUUUCGCGGCUCCCUUGACAAGGUGGCGCGGGAAGCUGCUGGAGUAUGGGAACCUUUUCAACGAUCAAAGAAACGAUACGAACCUGACUUUGAGCCUCUCCAAUGGGGCGAUGGUGAAUGGGAUCCUUUUAUGUUUCCCGGAGAUGGCGAAGAUCAGAUGCUGGAAGGUUUCCCGGAUAGCAAUCUGCUAACCGUAUUUCCGCGGAUUUCCAUAAUAGAUGACAAUGGGCGCUCACCUUGCACUGUUGUCAUGCAAGUCCGAAGGGUAUCACGGAUAUGUGUCUCUGCCGAGCAAGAGUUUGGCCAGCAGAUAGCCAGCCCUCCUGUGAAACGAGUGGCGUCGGCUCGUUCCCGAAGAAGAUCAAUGACUUCUCAUUCUACGAAGGAAGGAAACGGCGCUUUUUUAGGAGGCAAGAUUUCGUCAAAGGCCUAG